ACAUGCCCAUUCAACAUGGAGUAUAGAGAGUGUGGUAGUCCCUGUACUGACACCUGUACUGACCUCCAGAGAAGCCAAGUGUGUGAGGAGCACUGCAUAGAUGGAUGCUUCUGUCCACCUGGGACUGUCUUUGACGAUAUUUCACAAAAUGGGUGUAUUGCUGCUGACCAGUGCUCCUGCUUACACAAUGGCAACACAUACAAACCAGGGGAAUCAUACUCAACAACAUGUCGUAGCUGUACCUGCACUCAGGGUGAGUGGAUAUGUAAGGAUCUUGACUGUCCUGGUAUCUGCUCCAUACUGGGUGGAUCACACAUCUCAACCUAUGAUGACAAAACAUACACUUUCCAUGGAGACUGCUCUUAUCUUCUCUCCAAGGUAAUGAAUGGAACUUUUAUAGUCCUUGGUGACCUGGUCAAAUGUGAGAAAUCAGAUAAAUCAACUUGCCUGUCUGCAGUCACUCUACUACUGGCAAAAGAAAAGAUGAUUGUAAUUAAAGCCAACGGACAGGUCUUCCUUAACAAACAGAUCUCUCAACUGCCUCUUUUCAUGGAUGACAUUACAGCCUUCAGCCCAUCGACAUUCUUCAUUGUAAUCCACACCACCUAUGGACUUGAUCUUGAGAUUCAACUCACACCCAUUAUGCAGGUUUACAUCAAAGCCAGUGUGUCCAAUAAGGGAGAACUCAGUGGCCUUUGUGGAGAUUUUAAUGAUGUUGAAGCCGAUGACUUCAGAACCACAAAUGGAUUGAUUGAGGGAACAGCUGGGACAUUUGCCAACACAUGGAAGACCAAACCAAGCUGCCCUGAUGUGACACCUAAACUAGGCGACCCCUGCACUUUGAGCAUAGCCAAAGAGAAAUUUGCCAAAAACUGGUGCUCCUUGCUGUCAGACCCAAGAGGGAUUUUUGCCAACUGUCAUUCUGAAAUAGACCCAGAAACAUAUGAAGCUUCUUGUAUUUAUGAUACUUGCGCCUGUGAAAACAGUGAGAUGUGCAUGUGUGCUGCCAUAUCCUCCUAUGUCCAUGCAUGUGCUGCUGAAGGUAUCUUACUGAAUGGAUGGAGGGACACCGUGUGCAAGAAAUACACAACUGACUGCCCGUCUACUUUGGUGUAUGACUACCAGAUGGAAAGCUGUGGUCGCACCUGUCGCUCUCUCAGUCAGUCAGACUCAACAUGUGAGGUUAAAUUUACACCACUUGAUGGUUGCGGCUGUGCUGAAGGAACUUAUCUAAAUGAAAAGGGAGAGUGUGUGUCAGCCCCACAAUGCUCCUGUCAUGUGGGAGAAACAGUGAUGCAGCCUGGGCAGGUCAUCAGUGCCUAUGGACAAACUUGCUCCUGCCAUGCUGGAAAAUUAAGCUGUAAAGGAGGCCAUGUGUAUGAAUCAUGCACCGAUCCAAUGGUUUUCUUCAACUGCUCCAGUGCAAAGCCAGGUGACAAGGGAUCAGAGUGCCAAAACAGCUGCCAGACUCUGGACACAGAAUGUGUCAGUACAGAGUGUAUCUCUGGCUGUGUAUGUCCUGCUGGCCUGCUGUCAGAUGGUAAAGGAGGCUGUGUUGAGGAGGAGGACUGUCCCUGCCCAUAUAAUGGACAAUACUAUAAUGCUGAGCAGACUGUCAAGGUGGACUGCAAUACCUGCACUUGCAAAAACAGAAACUGGAUUUGCACAGAUCAUGAAUGUGAUGGAACCUGUACCAUAUAUGGAGAAGGGCAUUACAUCACUUUUGAUGACAAGAGAUUUUCCUUUAAUGGAGACUGUGGUUACGUCUUCACUCAGGAUUACUGUGGGGACAAUAACUCUGGCACCUUUAGGGUCCUGACGGAGAGCAUCCCAUGUGGAACAACUGAAAGCAUCUGCUCCACUGCUAUCAAGCUCUACUUGGGGAACAAAGAAUUUGUUCUUUCAGAAGAAAAUAUCAGAGUUAUUCAGCAAAACAAUGGGGAAGACAUACCUUAUCACAUCAACACUAUGGGUAUAUAUCUUGUCAUUGAGGCAAAGAAUGGUCUUGUUCUCAUCUGGAAUAAGAAGACAACACUGAUGAUUAAACUCAGCUCCACAUUCAAGGGCAGAGUAUGUGGUCUGUGUGGGAAUUAUGAUGGGAAUAUCAAGAAUGAUUUCACCACCAGAAGCAAAGAAGUUGUGGUUGAUGCCCUUGUGUUUGGAAACAGUUGGAAAGUUUCACCAACCUGCCCUAAUGCAAACUCAUUAAAAAAUCCCUGCAGUUUGUACUCACACAGGCAGGCAUGGGCAAUAAAACACUGCAGCAUUAUCAACAGUGAAGUGUUUUCUAUUUGCCAUUCAAAGGUGGAUCCCCAAAACUAUUAUGAUGCCUGUGUGAGAGACACAUGUGCCUGCAAUACAGGGGGAGAUUGUGAGUGUUUCUGCUCAGCUGUAGCAGCCUAUGCAGCAGCCUGUGAUAAGGCAGGAGCCUGUGUGAAAUGGAGGACUCCCACAAUUUGCCCUGUGUUUUGUGAUUUUUAUAACCCUGAUGGAGAGUGUGAAUGGCACUACGAGCCUUGUGGAAAACCAUGCAUGAAAACAUGCCGGAAUCCCUCAGGAAUAUGCUACAACAAAAUUCCACCAUUAGAAGGUUGCUAUCCAAGAUGUCCCCCUGAAAGACCUUAUUUGGAACAAGCUACCAUGAAGUGUGUAUCAAAGGAGGAAUGUGGCUGCUAUGACGAUGAAGGGAAUCAUUAUGAGGAAGGGAAGCGUAUACCAUCAAAGGAAAAUUGUCACCAGUGUUUUUGCUCUUCAACAAAGGUAGACUGCAGCUAUGCUGUCCAAGCUUGCACUUGUACACAUAAAGGACGUAUAUACAAGUAUGGAGAUAAGAUCUAUGAAACACAUGAUGGAGAUGGAACCUGUAUCUCUGCUGUUUGUGGAAAAAAUGGGACUACUAUCAGAGAAAUAACACCUUGCACUACAACUCCACCCACCCAGACAUCGACAACAACAGCCUUUAUUUUCAGCACAACUGAAAAACCAAUCACAACAUCCACUGAAAUGACCAUGAAAACAACAAAUCGAAUCUCUACCACUCCAAGUGUCACAACUGAAAAACCAACAGUGACAGAAAGUCCCACUACUACAACCACAAUCACAGAAAAAUCCACCACAGCACCCACAGAAAAGACUACUACUUCAGCGACAACAGGAAAACCUAUCACCACCACAAAAACACAAUCAACAGCAGCCACAGAAAAGACUACUACUUCAGCAACAACAGAAAAACCCAUCACCACAACUCCCAAAUCAACAGCAACCACAGAAAAGCCUUCCACUGUCAUAUUAACCACAACAAAACCCAGCACAACAUCCACUAAUUGCUUUGUUUGUAAGUGGUCAGACUGGACAAGUAAUGGUUACCCUGACACUAACCCAGAUGGUGGAGAGUAUGAAACCUUAGACAAAAUUACCGAUCCAGAUCUAAAUACUUGCAGUAGACCAUUGGAAAUAGAAUGUAGAGCAACACAAUACAAAGACGUACCUUUGAAUGAACUAGAUCAGAAAGUAACAUGCAAUCCAGUAGAUGGACUGAUCUGUCAUAACAAAGAUCAAAGUGUACCUUUUACUUGUUUUGACUAUGAAAUACGAGUCAAAUGUUGCAUCAAUAUGUGUAAGUCUUCAACCACUGUUACAACUUCAUCAACAACAACCAAAGAAACAGCAGCCACAGAAAAGCCCAGUACCAAAGCUCCCACAACUACUGAAAAACCAACAGUGACAGAAAGUCCCACUACUACAACCAAAAUCACGGAAAAAUCCACCACAGCACCCACAGAAAAGACUACUACUUCAGCGACAACAGGAAAACCUAUCACCACCACAACAACCCAGUCAACAGCAGUCACAGAAAAGCCCAGUACCAAAUCCCCCACAACCACUGAAAAACCAACAGUGACAGAAAGUCCCACUACUACAACCACAAUCACAGAAAAAUCCACCACAGCACCCACAGAAAAGACUACUACUUCAGCGACAACAGGAAAACCUAUCACCACCACAACAACCCAGUCAACAGCAGCCACAGAAAAGCCCAGUACCAAAGCUCCCACAACUACUGAAAAACCAACAGUGACAGAAAGUCCCACUACUACAACCACAAUCACAGAAAAAUCCACCACAGCACCCACAGAAAAGACUACUACUUCAGCGACAACAGGAAAACCUAUCACCACCACAAAAACACAAUCAACAGCAGCCACAGAAAAGACUACUACUUCAGCAACAACAGAAAAACCCAUCACCACAACUCCCAAAUCAACAGCAACCACAGAAAAGCCUUCCACUGUCAUAUUAACCACAACAAAACCCAGCACAACAUCCACUAAUUGCUUUGUUUGUAAGUGGUCAGACUGGACAAGUAAUGGUUACCCUGACACUAACCCAGAUGGUGGAGAGUAUGAAACCUUAGACAAAAUUACCGAUCCAGAUCUAAAUACUUGCAGUAGACCAUUGGAAAUAGAAUGUAGAGCAACACAAUACAAAGACGUACCUUUGAAUGAACUAGAUCAGAAAGUAACAUGCAAUCCAGUAGAUGGACUGAUCUGUCAUAACAAAGAUCAAAGUGUACCUUUUACUUGUUUUGACUAUGAAAUACGAGUCAAAUGUUGCAUCAAUAUGUGUAAGUCUUCAACCACUGUUACAACUUCAUCAACAACAACCAAAGGAAGGUCCACAACAACCUCUGUAAUUACUACAGAAAAAGGCAGCACAAGUUCUGCCACAAUCACAGAAAAUCCCACAACAACCGCAAUCACAACAAAACCUUCCACUACUUCACCAGCCACAGAAAAGCCUACCACACUAACAACAUUUACAGAGCCGCCAAUUACCACUACUGUUACAACAACAAAAACACCCACCACAGCAACUCCAGAAGUUGUUACACAUACAACGGUUACAACAGUGGAAUUAACAAAACCUGUGGUCAAGAGUACAACAACAACCACAGGAAAACCCACCACUACAACCAAAAUCACAACAAAACCCGUCACUACAGCAUCCGAAUCAACAACAGCCACAGAAAAAAACACCCCAGUAGUCACAGAAAAGCCCAGUACCAAAGCUUCCACAACUACUGAAAAACCAACAGUGACAGAAAGUCCCACUACUACAACCACAAUCACAGAAAAAUCCACCACAGCACCCACAGAAAAGACUACUACUUCAGCGACAACAGGAAAACCUAUCACCACCACAACAACCCAGUCAACAGCAGUCACAGAAAAGCCCAGUACCAAAUCCCCCACAACCACUGAAAAACCAACAGUGACAGAAAGUCCCACUACUACAACCACAAUCACAGAAAAAUCCACCACAGCACCCACAGAAAAGACUACUACUUCAGCGACAACAGGAAAACCUAUCACCACCACAACAACCCAGUCAACAGCAGCCACAGAAAAGCCCAGUACCAAAGCUCCCACAACUACUGAAAAACCAACAGUGACAGAAAGUCCCACUACUACAACCACAAUCACAGAAAAAUCCACCACAGCACCCACAGAAAAGACUACUACUUCAGCGACAACAGGAAAACCUAUCACCACCACAAAAACACAAUCAACAGCAGCCACAGAAAAGACUACUACUUCAGCAACAACAGAAAAACCCAUCACCACAACUCCCAAAUCAACAGCAACCACAGAAAAGCCUUCCACUGUCAUAUUAACCACAACAAAACCCAGCACAACAUCCACUAAUUGCUUUGUUUGUAAGUGGUCAGACUGGACAAGUAAUGGUUACCCUGACACUAACCCAGAUGGUGGAGAGUAUGAAACCUUAGACAAAAUUACCGAUCCAGAUCUAAAUACUUGCAGUAGACCAUUGGAAAUAGAAUGUAGAGCAACACAAUACAAAGACGUACCUUUGAAUGAACUAGAUCAGAAAGUAACAUGCAAUCCAGUAGAUGGACUGAUCUGUCAUAACAAAGAUCAAAGUGUACCUUUUACUUGUUUUGACUAUGAAAUACGAGUCAAAUGUUGCAUCAAUAUGUGUAAGUCUUCAACCACUGUUACAACUUCAUCAACAACAACCAAAGGAACAGCAGCCACAGAAAAGCCCAGUACCAAAGCUCCCACAACUACUGAAAAACCAACAGUGACAGAAAGUCCCACUACUACAACCACAAUCACAGAAAAAUCCACCACAGCACCCACAGAAAAGACUACUACUUCAGCGACAACAGGAAAACCUAUCACCACCACAACAACCCAGUCAACAGCAGUCACAGAAAAGCCCAGUACCAAAUCCCCCACAACCACUGAAAAACCAACAGUGACAGAAAGUCCCACUACUACAACCACAAUCACAGAAAAAUCCACCACAGCACCCACAGAAAAGACUACUACUUCAGCGACAACAGGAAAACCUAUCACCACCACAACAACCCAGUCAACAGCAGCCACAGAAAAGCCCAGUACCAAAGCUCCCACAACUACUGAAAAACCAACAGUGACAGAAAGUCCCACUACUACAACCACAAUCACAGAAAAAUCCACCACAGCACCCACAGAAAAGACUACUACUUCAGCGACAACAGGAAAACCUAUCACCACCACAAAAACACAAUCAACAGCAGCCACAGAAAAGACUACUACUUCAGCAACAACAGAAAAACCCAUCACCACAACUCCCAAAUCAACAGCAACCACAGAAAAGCCUUCCACUGUCAUAUUAACCACAACAAAACCCAGCACAACAUCCACUAAUUGCUUUGUUUGUAAGUGGUCAGACUGGACAAGUAAUGGUUACCCUGACACUAACCCAGAUGGUGGAGAGUAUGAAACCUUAGACAAAAUUACCGAUCCAGAUCUAAAUACUUGCAGUAGACCAUUGGAAAUAGAAUGUAGAGCAACACAAUACAAAGACGUACCUUUGAAUGAACUAGAUCAGAAAGUAACAUGCAAUCCAGUAGAUGGACUGAUCUGUCAUAACAAAGAUCAAAGUGUACCUUUUACUUGUUUUGACUAUGAAAUACGAGUCAAAUGUUGCAUCAAUAUGUGUAAGUCUUCAACCACUGUUACAACUUCAUCAACAACAACCAAAGGAACAGCAGCCACAGAAAAGCCCAGUACCAAAGCUCCCACAACUACUGAAAAACCAACAGUGACAGAAAGUCCCACUACUACAACCACAAUCACAGAAAAAUCCACCACAGCACCCACAGAAAAGACUACUACUUCAGCGACAACAGGAAAACCUAUCACCACCACAACAACCCAGUCAACAGCAGUCACAGAAAAGCCCAGUACCAAAUCCCCCACAACCACUGAAAAACCAACAGUGACAGAAAGUCCCACUACUACAACCACAAUCACAGAAAAAUCCACCACAGCACCCACAGAAAAGACUACUACUUCAGCGACAACAGGAAAACCUAUCACCACCACAAAAACACAAUCAACAGCAGCCACAGAAAAGACUACUACUUCAGCAACAACAGAAAAACCCAUCACCACAACUCCCAAAUCAACAGCAACCACAGAAAAGCCUUCCACUGUCAUAUUAACCACAACAAAACCCAGCACAACAUCCACUAAUUGCUUUGUUUGUAAGUGGUCAGACUGGACAAGUAAUGGUUACCCUGACACUAACCCAGAUGGUGGAGAGUAUGAAACCUUAGACAAAAUUACCGAUCCAGAUCUAAAUACUUGCAGUAGACCAUUGGAAAUAGAAUGUAGAGCAACACAAUACAAAGACGUACCUUUGAAUGAACUAGAUCAGAAAGUAACAUGCAAUCCAGUAGAUGGACUGAUCUGUCAUAACAAAGAUCAAAGUGUACCUUUUACUUGUUUUGACUAUGAAAUACGAGUCAAAUGUUGCAUCAAUAUGUGUAAGUCUUCAACCACUGUUACAACUUCAUCAACAACAACCAAAGGAACAGCAGCCACAGAAAAGCCCAGUACCAAAGCUCCCACAACUACUGAAAAACCAACAGUGACAGAAAGUCCCACUACUACAACCACAAUCACAGAAAAAUCCACCACAGCACCCACAGAAAAGACUACUACUUCAGCGACAACAGGAAAACCUAUCACCACCACAACAACCCAGUCAACAGCAGUCACAGAAAAGCCCAGUACCAAAUCCCCCACAACCACUGAAAAACCAACAGUGACAGAAAGUCCCACUACUACAACCACAAUCACAGAAAAAUCCACCACAGCACCCACAGAAAAGACUACUACUUCAGCGACAACAGGAAAACCUAUCACCACCACAACAACCCAGUCAACAGCAGCCACAGAAAAGCCCAGUACCAAAGCUCCCACAACUACUGAAAAACCAACAGUGACAGAAAGUCCCACUACUACAACCACAAUCACAGAAAAAUCCACCACAGCACCCACAGAAAAGACUACUACUUCAGCGACAACAGGAAAACCUAUCACCACCACAAAAACACAAUCAACAGCAGCCACAGAAAAGACUACUACUUCAGCAACAACAGAAAAACCCAUCACCACAACUCCCAAAUCAACAGCAACCACAGAAAAGCCUUCCACUGUCAUAUUAACCACAACAAAACCCAGCACAACAUCCACUAAUUGCUUUGUUUGUAAGUGGUCAGACUGGACAAGUAAUGGUUACCCUGACACUAACCCAGAUGGUGGAGAGUAUGAAACCUUAGACAAAAUUACCGAUCCAGAUCUAAAUACUUGCAGUAGACCAUUGGAAAUAGAAUGUAGAGCAACACAAUACAAAGACGUACCUUUGAAUGAACUAGAUCAGAAAGUAACAUGCAAUCCAGUAGAUGGACUGAUCUGUCAUAACAAAGAUCAAAGUGUACCUUUUACUUGUUUUGACUAUGAAAUACGAGUCAAAUGUUGCAUCAAUAUGUGUAAGUCUUCAACCACUGUUACAACUUCAUCAACAACAACCAAAGGAACAGCAGCCACAGAAAAGCCCAGUACCAAAGCUCCCACAACUACUGAAAAACCAACAGUGACAGAAAGUCCCACUACUACAACCACAAUCACAGAAAAAUCCACCACAGCACCCACAGAAAAGACUACUACUUCAGCGACAACAGGAAAACCUAUCACCACCACAACAACCCAGUCAACAGCAGCCACAGAAAAGCCCAGUACCAAAGCUCCCACAACUACUGAAAAACCAACAGUGACAGAAAGUCCCACUACUACAACCACAAUCACAGAAAAAUCCACCACAGCACCCACAGAAAAGACUACUACUUCAGCGACAACAGGAAAACCUAUCACCACCACAAAAACACAAUCAACAGCAGCCACAGAAAAGACUACUACUUCAGCAACAACAGAAAAACCCAUCACCACAACUCCCAAAUCAACAGCAACCACAGAAAAGCCUUCCACUGUCAUAUUAACCACAACAAAACCCAGCACAACAUCCACUAAUUGCUUUGUUUGUAAGUGGUCAGACUGGACAAGUAAUGGUUACCCUGACACUAACCCAGAUGGUGGAGAGUAUGAAACCUUAGACAAAAUUACCGAUCCAGAUCUAAAUACUUGCAGUAGACCAUUGGAAAUAGAAUGUAGAGCAACACAAUACAAAGACGUACCUUUGAAUGAACUAGAUCAGAAAGUAACAUGCAAUCCAGUAGAUGGACUGAUCUGUCAUAACAAAGAUCAAAGUGUACCUUUUACUUGUUUUGACUAUGAAAUACGAGUCAAAUGUUGCAUCAAUAUGUGUAAGUCUUCAACCACUGUUACAACUUCAUCAACAACAACCAAAGGAAGGUCCACAACAACCUCUGUAAUUACUACAGAAAAAGGCAGCACAAGUUCUGCCACAAUCACAGAAAAUCCCACAACAACCGCAAUCACAACAAAACCUUCCACUACUUCACCAGCCACAGAAAAGCCUACCACACUAACAACAUUUACAGAGCCGCCAAUUACCACUACUGUUACAACAACAAAAACACCCACCACAGCAACUCCAGAAGUUGUUACACAUACAACGGUUACAACAGUGGAAUUAACAAAACCUGUGGUCAAGAGUACAACAACAACCACAGGAAAACCCACCACUACAACCAAAAUCACAACAAAACCCGUCACUACAGCAUCCGAAUCAACAACAGCCACAGAAAAAAACACCCCAGUAGUCACAGAAAAGCCCAGUACCAAAGCUUCCACAACUACUGAAAAACCAACAGUGACAGAAAGUCCCACUACUACAACCACAAUCACAGAAAAAUCCACCACAGCACCCACAGAAAAGACUACUACUUCAGCGACAACAGGAAAACCUAUCACCACCACAACAACCCAGUCAACAGCAGUCACAGAAAAGCCCAGUACCAAAUCCCCCACAACCACUGAAAAACCAACAGUGACAGAAAGUCCCACUACUACAACCACAAUCACAGAAAAAUCCACCACAGCACCCACAGAAAAGACUACUACUUCAGCGACAACAGGAAAACCUAUCACCACCACAACAACCCAGUCAACAGCAGCCACAGAAAAGCCCAGUACCAAAGCUCCCACAACUACUGAAAAACCAACAGUGACAGAAAGUCCCACUACUACAACCACAAUCACAGAAAAAUCCACCACAGCACCCACAGAAAAGACUACUACUUCAGCGACAACAGGAAAACCUAUCACCACCACAAAAACACAAUCAACAGCAGCCACAGAAAAGACUACUACUUCAGCAACAACAGAAAAACCCAUCACCACAACUCCCAAAUCAACAGCAACCACAGAAAAGCCUUCCACUGUCAUAUUAACCACAACAAAACCCAGCACAACAUCCACUAAUUGCUUUGUUUGUAAGUGGUCAGACUGGACAAGUAAUGGUUACCCUGACACUAACCCAGAUGGUGGAGAGUAUGAAACCUUAGACAAAAUUACCGAUCCAGAUCUAAAUACUUGCAGUAGACCAUUGGAAAUAGAAUGUAGAGCAACACAAUACAAAGACGUACCUUUGAAUGAACUAGAUCAGAAAGUAACAUGCAAUCCAGUAGAUGGACUGAUCUGUCAUAACAAAGAUCAAAGUGUACCUUUUACUUGUUUUGACUAUGAAAUACGAGUCAAAUGUUGCAUCAAUAUGUGUAAGUCUUCAACCACUGUUACAACUUCAUCAACAACAACCAAAGGAACAGCAGCCACAGAAAAGCCCAGUACCAAAGCUCCCACAACUACUGAAAAACCAACAGUGACAGAAAGUCCCACUACUACAACCACAAUCACAGAAAAAUCCACCACAGCACCCACAGAAAAGACUACUACUUCAGCGACAACAGGAAAACCUAUCACCACCACAACAACCCAGUCAACAGCAGUCACAGAAAAGCCCAGUACCAAAUCCCCCACAACCACUGAAAAACCAACAGUGACAGAAAGUCCCACUACUACAACCACAAUCACAGAAAAAUCCACCACAGCACCCACAGAAAAGACUACUACUUCAGCGACAACAGGAAAACCUAUCACCACCACAAAAACACAAUCAACAGCAGCCACAGAAAAGACUACUACUUCAGCAACAACAGAAAAACCCAUCACCACAACUCCCAAAUCAACAGCAACCACAGAAAAGCCUUCCACUGUCAUAUUAACCACAACAAAACCCAGCACAACAUCCACUAAUUGCUUUGUUUGUAAGUGGUCAGACUGGACAAGUAAUGGUUACCCUGACACUAACCCAGAUGGUGGAGAGUAUGAAACCUUAGACAAAAUUACCGAUCCAGAUCUAAAUACUUGCAGUAGACCAUUGGAAAUAGAAUGUAGAGCAACACAAUACAAAGACGUACCUUUGAAUGAACUAGAUCAGAAAGUAACAUGCAAUCCAGUAGAUGGACUGAUCUGUCAUAACAAAGAUCAAAGUGUACCUUUUAUUUGUUUUGACUAUGAAAUACGAGUCAAAUGUUGCAUCAAUAUGUGUAAGUCUUCAACCACUGUUACAACUUCAUCAACAACAACCAAAGGAACAGCAGCCACAGAAAAGCCCAGUACCAAAGCUCCCACAACUACUGAAAAACCAACAGUGACAGAAAGUCCCACUACUACAACCACAAUCACAGAAAAAUCCACCACAGCACCCACAGAAAAGACUACUACUUCAGCGACAACAGGAAAACCUAUCACCACCACAACAACCCAGUCAACAGCAGUCACAGAAAAGCCCAGUACCAAAUCCCCCACAACCACUGAAAAACCAACAGUGACAGAAAGUCCCACUACUACAACCACAAUCACAGAAAAAUCCACCACAGCACCCACAGAAAAGACUACUACUUCAGCGACAACAGGAAAACCUAUCACCACCACAACAACCCAGUCAACAGCAGCCACAGAAAAGCCCAGUACCAAAGCUCCCACAACUACUGAAAAACCAACAGUGACAGAAAGUCCCACUACUACAACCACAAUCACAGAAAAAUCCACCACAGCACCCACAGAAAAGACUACUACUUCAGCGACAACAGGAAAACCUAUCACCACCACAAAAACACAAUCAACAGCAGCCACAGAAAAGACUACUACUUCAGCAACAACAGAAAAACCCAUCACCACAACUCCCAAAUCAACAGCAACCACAGAAAAGCCUUCCACUGUCAUAUUAACCACAACAAAACCCAGCACAACAUCCACUAAUUGCUUUGUUUGUAAGUGGUCAGACUGGACAAGUAAUGGUUACCCUGACACUAACCCAGAUGGUGGAGAGUAUGAAACCUUAGACAAAAUUACCGAUCCAGAUCUAAAUACUUGCAGUAGACCAUUGGAAAUAGAAUGUAGAGCAACACAAUACAAAGACGUACCUUUGAAUGAACUAGAUCAGAAAGUAACAUGCAAUCCAGUAGAUGGACUGAUCUGUCAUAACAAAGAUCAAAGUGUACCUUUUACUUGUUUUGACUAUGAAAUACGAGUCAAAUGUUGCAUCAAUAUGUGUAAGUCUUCAACCACUGUUACAACUUCAUCAACAACAACCAAAGGAACAGCAGCCACAGAAAAGCCCAGUACCAAAGCUCCCACAACUACUGAAAAACCAACAGUGACAGAAAGUCCCACUACUACAACCACAAUCACAGAAAAAUCCACCACAGCACCCACAGAAAAGACUACUACUUCAGCGACAACAGGAAAACCUAUCACCACCACAACAACCCAGUCAACAGCAGUCACAGAAAAGCCCAGUACCAAAUCCCCCACAACCACUGAAAAACCAACAGUGACAGAAAGUCCCACUACUACAACCACAAUCACAGAAAAAUCCACCACAGCACCCACAGAAAAGACUACUACUUCAGCGACAACAGGAAAACCUAUCACCACCACAAAAACACAAUCAACAGCAGCCACAGAAAAGACUACUACUUCAGCAACAACAGAAAAACCCAUCACCACAACUCCCAAAUCAACAGCAACCACAGAAAAGCCUUCCACUGUCAUAUUAACCACAACAAAACCCAGCACAACAUCCACUAAUUGCUUUGUUUGUAAGUGGUCAGACUGGACAAGUAAUGGUUACCCUGACACUAACCCAGAUGGUGGAGAGUAUGAAACCUUAGACAAAAUUACCGAUCCAGAUCUAAAUACUUGCAGUAGACCAUUGGAAAUAGAAUGUAGAGCAACACAAUACAAAGACGUACCUUUGAAUGAACUAGAUCAGAAAGUAACAUGCAAUCCAGUAGAUGGACUGAUCUGUCAUAACAAAGAUCAAAGUGUACCUUUUACUUGUUUUGACUAUGAAAUACGAGUCAAAUGUUGCAUCAAUAUGUGUAAGUCUUCAACCACUGUUACAACUUCAUCAACAACAACCAAAGGAACAGCAGCCACAGAAAAGCCCAGUACCAAAGCUCCCACAACUACUGAAAAACCAACAGUGACAGAAAGUCCCACUACUACAACCACAAUCACAGAAAAAUCCACCACAGCACCCACAGAAAAGACUACUACUUCAGCGACAACAGGAAAACCUAUCACCACCACAACAACCCAGUCAACAGCAGUCACAGAAAAGCCCAGUACCAAAUCCCCCACAACCACUGAAAAACCAACAGUGACAGAAAGUCCCACUACUACAACCACAAUCACAGAAAAAUCCACCACAGCACCCACAGAAAAGACUACUACUUCAGCGACAACAGGAAAACCUAUCACCACCACAAAAACACAAUCAACAGCAGCCACAGAAAAGACUACUACUUCAGCAACAACAGAAAAACCCAUCACCACAACUCCCAAAUCAACAGCAACCACAGAAAAGCCUUCCACUGUCAUAUUAACCACAACAAAACCCAGCACAACAUCCACUAAUUGCUUUGUUUGUAAGUGGUCAGACUGGACAAGUAAUGGUUACCCUGACACUAACCCAGAUGGUGGAGAGUAUGAAACCUUAGACAAAAUUACCGAUCCAGAUCUAAAUACUUGCAGUAGACCAUUGGAAAUAGAAUGUAGAGCAACACAAUACAAAGACGUACCUUUGAAUGAACUAGAUCAGAAAGUAACAUGCAAUCCAGUAGAUGGACUGAUCUGUCAUAACAAAGAUCAAAGUGUACCUUUUAUUUGUUUUGACUAUGAAAUACGAGUCAAAUGUUGCAUCAAUAUGUGUAAGUCUUCAACCACUGUUACAACUUCAUCAACAACAACCAAAGGAACAGCAGCCACAGAAAAGCCCAGUACCAAAGCUCCCACAACUACUGAAAAACCAACAGUGACAGAAAGUCCCACUACUACAACCACAAUCACAGAAAAAUCCACCACAGCACCCACAGAAAAGACUACUACUUCAGCGACAACAGGAAAACCUAUCACCACCACAACAACCCAGUCAACAGCAGUCACAGAAAAGCCCAGUACCAAAUCCCCCACAACCACUGAAAAACCAACAGUGACAGAAAGUCCCACUACUACAACCACAAUCACAGAAAAAUCCACCACAGCACCCACAGAAAAGACUACUACUUCAGCGACAACAGGAAAACCUAUCACCACCACAACAACCCAGUCAACAGCAGCCACAGAAAAGCCCAGUACCAAAGCUCCCACAACUACUGAAAAACCAACAGUGACAGAAAGUCCCACUACUACAACCACAAUCACAGAAAAAUCCACCACAGCACCCACAGAAAAGACUACUACUUCAGCGACAACAGGAAAACCUAUCACCACCACAAAAACACAAUCAACAGCAGCCACAGAAAAGACUACUACUUCAGCAACAACAGAAAAACCCAUCACCACAACUCCCAAAUCAACAGCAACCACAGAAAAGCCUUCCACUGUCAUAUUAACCACAACAAAACCCAGCACAACAUCCACUAAUUGCUUUGUUUGUAAGUGGUCAGACUGGACAAGUAAUGGUUACCCUGACACUAACCCAGAUGGUGGAGAGUAUGAAACCUUAGACAAAAUUACCGAUCCAGAUCUAAAUACUUGCAGUAGACCAUUGGAAAUAGAAUGUAGAGCAACACAAUACAAAGACGUACCUUUGAAUGAACUAGAUCAGAAAGUAACAUGCAAUCCAGUAGAUGGACUGAUCUGUCAUAACAAAGAUCAAAGUGUACCUUUUAUUUGUUUUGACUAUGAAAUACGAGUCAAAUGUUGCAUCAAUAUGUGUAAGUCUUCAACCACUGUUACAACUUCAUCAACAACAACCAAAGGAACAGCAGCCACAGAAAAGCCCAGUACCAAAGCUCCCACAACUACUGAAAAACCAACAGUGACAGAAAGUCCCACUACUACAACCACAAUCACAGAAAAAUCCACCACAGCACCCACAGAAAAGACUACUACUUCAGCGACAACAGGAAAACCUAUCACCACCACAACAACCCAGUCAACAGCAGUCACAGAAAAGCCCAGUACCAAAUCCCCCACAACCACUGAAAAACCAACAGUGACAGAAAGUCCCACUACUACAACCACAAUCACAGAAAAAUCCACCACAGCACCCACAGAAAAGACUACUACUUCAGCGACAACAGGAAAACCUAUCACCACCACAACAACCCAGUCAACAGCAGCCACAGAAAAGCCCAGUACCAAAGCUCCCACAACUACUGAAAAACCAACAGUGACAGAAAGUCCCACUACUACAACCACAAUCACAGAAAAAUCCACCACAGCACCCACAGAAAAGACUACUACUUCAGCGACAACAGGAAAACCUAUCACCACCACAAAAACACAAUCAACAGCAGCCACAGAAAAGACUACUACUUCAGCAACAACAGAAAAACCCAUCACCACAACUCCCAAAUCAACAGCAACCACAGAAAAGCCUUCCACUGUCAUAUUAACCACAACAAAACCCAGCACAACAUCCACUAAUUGCUUUGUUUGUAAGUGGUCAGACUGGACAAGUAAUGGUUACCCUGACACUAACCCAGAUGGUGGAGAGUAUGAAACCUUAGACAAAAUUACCGAUCCAGAUCUAAAUACUUGCAGUAGACCAUUGGAAAUAGAAUGUAGAGCAACACAAUACAAAGACGUACCUUUGAAUGAACUAGAUCAGAAAGUAACAUGCAAUCCAGUAGAUGGACUGAUCUGUCAUAACAAAGAUCAAAGUGUACCUUUUACUUGUUUUGACUAUGAAAUACGAGUCAAAUGUUGCAUCAAUAUGUGUAAGUCUUCAACCACUGUUACAACUUCAUCAACAACAACCAAAGGAACAGCAGCCACAGAAAAGCCCAGUACCAAAGCUCCCACAACUACUGAAAAACCAACAGUGACAGAAAGUCCCACUACUACAACCACAAUCACAGAAAAAUCCACCACAGCACCCACAGAAAAGACUACUACUUCAGCGACAACAGGAAAACCUAUCACCACCACAACAACCCAGUCAACAGCAGUCACAGAAAAGCCCAGUACCAAAUCCCCCACAACCACUGAAAAACCAACAGUGACAGAAAGUCCCACUACUACAACCACAAUCACAGAAAAAUCCACCACAGCACCCACAGAAAAGACUACUACUUCAGCGACAACAGGAAAACCUAUCACCACCACAACAACCCAGUCAACAGCAGCCACAGAAAAGCCCAGUACCAAAGCUCCCACAACUACUGAAAAACCAACAGUGACAGAAAGUCCCACUACUACAACCACAAUCACAGAAAAAUCCACCACAGCACCCACAGAAAAGACUACUACUUCAGCGACAACAGGAAAACCUAUCACCACCACAAAAACACAAUCAACAGCAGCCACAGAAAAGACUACUACUUCAGCAACAACAGAAAAACCCAUCACCACAACUCCCAAAUCAACAGCAACCACAGAAAAGCCUUCCACUGUCAUAUUAACCACAACAAAACCCAGCACAACAUCCACUAAUUGCUUUGUUUGUAAGUGGUCAGACUGGACAAGUAAUGGUUACCCUGACACUAACCCAGAUGGUGGAGAGUAUGAAACCUUAGACAAAAUUACCGAUCCAGAUCUAAAUACUUGCAGUAGACCAUUGGAAAUAGAAUGUAGAGCAACACAAUACAAAGACGUACCUUUGAAUGAACUAGAUCAGAAAGUAACAUGCAAUCCAGUAGAUGGACUGAUCUGUCAUAACAAAGAUCAAAGUGUACCUUUUACUUGUUUUGACUAUGAAAUACGAGUCAAAUGUUGCAUCAAUAUGUGUAAGUCUUCAACCACUGUUACAACUUCAUCAACAACAACCAAAGGAAGGUCCACAACAACCUCUGUAAUUACUACAGAAAAAGGCAGCACAAGUUCUGCCACAAUCACAGAAAAUCCCACAACAACCGCAAUCACAACAAAACCUUCCACUACUUCACCAGCCACAGAAAAGCCUACCACACUAACAACAUUUACAGAGCCGCCAAUUACCACUACUGUUACAACAACAAAAACACCCACCACAGCAACUCCAGAAGUUGUUACACAUACAACGGUUACAACAGUGGAAUCAACAAAACCUGUGGUCAAGAGUACAACAACAACCACAGGAAAACCCACCACUACAACCAAAAUCACAACAAAACCCGUCACUACAGCAUCCGAAUCAACAACAGCCACAGAAAAAAACACCCCAGUAGUCACAGAAAAGCCCAGUACCAAAGCCUUCCAGAAAAACUGCACAUACGUCCUGGUCAAAGAGAUCAUUCCCAAAUAUAAUUUUAAGAUUCUUAUCGACAAUGAGAACUGCGAUGCCUCUGGAGCUGUGACCUGUACUAAAGCCUUGAUCGUGUAUUACAAAGACUAUGAAAUUAUUCUAACACAGAAGAGAAUCCCAAAGACCGUAAACACGGUGUACAUCAACGGCAAGCAGGUAUUCCCAACCUACUCUAAUGAGGACUUCAUCAUCACAAGUACCUGUGACAAUAACAGGAAAAAUGACUGCAGAUUACCAAAUGGCCAGAUUCAUCCAUCAUGCUCUGUGAUGGGACAUCACUGGUAUGUGCCUGACAAGAAAAAGCCCUAUUGUGAGAAGCCACCUCCUACACCAAUACCAACACCAAGACCUACCACAAACACCCUGCAAACCUGCUAUCUGUGA